UUUAGGAAUGCUAAUACAAAACAACUUCAUAAUUUUUAAAGAAACAUAAUGACCUACUACGGCUUCUAAAUCUGUGAAUUUUCCUUAUGACUUGAAAUGUACAUCCUGCGCUCGUUCCCUCCUAAGCUUUGUCGCUUCGUUAUAAAAAUCAAUAGCAUUAGUAAGUUCGUACAAACGAAUUAUACGAAUCCCUUUGUGUGCGUCGCUAAGCUUUCGGUGUGCGGAAAACAAAAAAAAACCACGAGCGAAAUUCUUGUAAUAAAAAUCAAUCGGAGCGGAGAGAGAAGGCGCCGCGCGGGGCGCCGACUGGUCGGGCGCCACCCCCGCCUCCCUGCAUACCUACACGUGCUAUAAUGCACCUACCCUCCCUGCCGACUUGUCUACCGCUAUUUUUCCAGAUAAAUGUUUCUUAACUUAAGAAAAUGCAUCUAAAGUUUUAAAACAAUCUUAUAUCUUCAGACUAUCAUAAUUGCGUUCUGACCGGCCCUAGAACAGACUGAAAUGGCGGGAGAGGGACCAACGCUACAAUGCGGCGCGCGGCCGGUUCCCGGCAAAAAGGCGUUUGUUUUUAUUUCUUUGGCGCGGAAAAAAAUCAGCACGCGCCCGCCCUGCACCUCCUAAACAUGCGCCACGCAGCGACGCAGACUCGGCCGGGUGUAUGCCGAAUUCACUUUCAUUUGCGACAUCUCAUCGUUUCCCGAAGGUCACCGUGCAGUCGCGGGUGUAGUGACAAGUCCGCGGUGCAUGUGUGGCGGGCGAGUGCUUGCGGCGGCCACCGCUGACCGACUAGGUGAGUCGAGUGAAUUUCGCGCCCUCGUCUUCGGCAAUUCCGUUUCCCUCGCGUUUAUCGGCACCCGUUAUGCACCGUCCUUCGCCGUGUGCCGGGAAGACGGUGAAAGUGAAUGUGUUUUCGUAUCUCGCGGUGUGUCGGGGUCGCGCAGACGUGCGCUGCGGCCGGGUUGCUCCUCGAAUGGAACGAUAUGAAGCGACGAGAGAGGGUUAACCGCGCAACUUUACAUUCACUACUUUCCUCCACCUCUGACAGGUGAUAGCGUACAAAUAUAUGCGUUACCGACGGUUUCUUAAAGUCGCUUAUCCUAAAAUCUUAUAAGUUUUCUCUUACGUGUAAAGUUUUGAAUCAGUCACGCGCGGAUUUCGUUUCAGUUAGAAGCUUUUGUUCAAGUUCAUAUACGUAGCGACAUGUAUGAGGGCUUAAAACAAACAAAAUUAAAAAAGCUCGUUAGACGUCUGGCUCGCGGGCGGCAGAAAGAGAGGGAACCAAACUUUGCACUCUUCAUUUGUGCACCAAUCGAGAAAAAAUUCAAUAAAGCUCGCUUCCUUUUGUCUAAUUGCCUAUGUAAACCUACUUAUAACAUAGCGAUUGUUCGAUUCCUGCGACAUUCCGGCGAGAACAUGGGGUGCUACGAAGUUGUUUAUACUUGUUCUCAUAAGAAAUACUGGCUUGGCUUUCGUUCUUAUAAACAUUUUAUGAAUACACAUGACAUGUAUUUAUCAUAAGUAACUUUUAUGGGAUGAGAAACUUUGUAAAAAUAUUCUGCACUAAGAAUUGUUGGUCAAUAAGAUUUUCGGGUUAUUUGGUUUGUUAGGAAAUGCCCGGCCACGGACUGUCUCAAGUGAAAUGCGAGCCGCAAUCGGACGAAGACGACAGCGACCCACAGUUCGCGCACACCUAUCUAAACAGCCAGGGCAAUGGGUUGGAGGAGCUGGUGCCGCUGGCGCCGGCGGGCCCGGCCGCCACGCCUGUCUGCGUCAAGCAGGAGCGCGCCGACUCGCCGCCGACCUCCACGCUUGAAACCCUCGAGUCAGCCCCGCACAAUGCUAAGAGUGCCGACCUCCUGGACAGGCACUUAGACUUCCUGCACGUGUGUGACAUGCAGGACUCGACGGACUUCAUGCCGCUGCUCGCAGUCAAGGAUGAGCCCUCGUCUGAAGGAGAGCAACCCCACCUGAGUGGCGAGGACACAAGCGACUCAUGCGGGCGACAAGCAUCGCCCGCACCGCGGCACAGCCCCAAGAGCUGGACGCAACAGGACAUGGAGCGGGCUCUCGACGCGCUCAGGAACCAUCAGAUGAGCCUUACUAAGGCAUCUGCGACAUACGGCAUCCCGUCGACGACGCUGUGGCAGCGCGCACACCGGCUCGGCAUCGACACGCCCAAGAAGGAGGGCGGCGCCAAGUCCUGGAGCGAGGCCGACCUGCGCGGGGCCCUGCACGCGCUCCGGGCCGGCGCCAUCUCCGCUAAUAAGGCCAGCAAAGCGUAUGGCAUCCCGAGCAGCACGCUGUACAAGAUAGCCCGGCGCGAGGGCAUCCGGCUGUCGGCCCCGUUCAACGCGGCGCCGGUGUCGUGGCGGCGCGCGGACCUGGCGGCGGCGCUGGCGGCCAUCCGCGCCGGCGCCGCCUCCGUGCAGCAGGCCGCCGCGCUCUACGGGAUACCCACCGGCACGCUGUACGGGAGGUGCAAGCGAGAGGGUAUCGAGUUGUCUCGCUCCAACCCCACGCCGUGGUCCGAGGACGCUAUGGGAGAAGCGCUAGAAGCUGUCAGGGUAGGCCAGAUGUCCAUAAACCAGGCGGCAAUUCACUACAACUUGCCGUAUUCCUCGCUUUAUGGAAGAUUCAAGCGAUGCAAAUAUCAGAUGCAGGGCAUGGCUCCGUGCCCGCAGCCGCCGCCCGAGCGGGAGCAGUGCCAGCCGACGCCCGCCGCCCCGCAGUACUGGGCGGCGGGCGCGGGGCUGCCCCACGACCAGUACGCGCACUACUACCACGCGGGCAGCAGCAUCGCCACCAGCUGAGGGUAUCCCCACACCCACUGGUACGAACCACUGUGAGUCUGAUCCGCCUACAUUUGUAAUGUCACUCUUAUGAAACAAUACUUUGAUGAUACUCAAUUUAAGGCAAGAAGGCUCGCGAUGAAAUGUCAUGCUGUCAUACACUUUAAAAUGGCAGUGUAGUCAUCGUUUUAUUUUUUUGAGAACGCGACUAUUUGUGGACCCACAAAUAGAAUAUCAGAACUCUCGACUCCAAAAGAUCUUGAAGAAUCUUGCAAGCUUACACCCAGUACUUAAAAGGUUGACAAGUCUUCGAAGGUUUAACAACCAAUGACUGCUACUGCGUGUGAUCCACAAGUAAGGCCGAGUAGCCAGUCCAGUAUAGUAAGUAAGACUGUUGGGAUAUACAAAUAUCCAAGUUCAUUCAUAGCGAACUUCAAUCACUCGUCAAACUUUCAAUCAUUUAAUGUUCACUUCAAUCGCACAUCUUGUAACUGACUUUAUUCGAAAUAUAAAAUAAUAGAGUAAUUAACAGUGGACUAGCUAGUAUCCUUCUUUUCGUAAUUUGAUGUGGCAAUCCAGUGUCCACUUGUCCAGUAUGAACGUAUUUUGUCAAUCAUUUGUUUCAAGACCCUCAGUCAUUAAAAAACACAGUCCAGCCUAUACCUGCCUAAUACACGUCAGUCCGUCAGCCUUUAGAUGCUAGGAGAUAAUGCAAGAAACUUUUGUAGCGUAGAAGUGAAUAAUGUGGCCGUAAGGAGUUAAAUUAAGUAUCAUUUGAGUAUGGAGUGAGCCCCAAGUACAAUCUGUAUACAAAAACUAAUCUCACUAUGACUGUGUAACUACGUCCAUUGCUGUUUUAGUAGGUCUUUAAAAAAAUCUGUCAAUGUACAGUACGUUCAUGUGUAAAGAAGUAUUUUAAACAAAGGUGUCGCUACUCUAGGAUAUGAGUAAUAAGUUAGGUUACCUUUGGGGUGGUCUAAUAAUUUACCCAGCUUUAGUAACCUGUACCGUAAGGAUUUAAAUCCGAGUAAGUAAUUUCUAUUUUGUUGUUUUUUAAAUUUUAGCAAUAUGUAUACUAAAUUUUGUACUUAAAGUUAUUAAAUAUUAAGUUGCCCUUUCAUAUAAGGUUUCUGAUAUAAUUAGUUUUUACGUAAAUUCAAUAUAAAUAAACGGCACACAUACCGUGCUUUCAUACCAGUAGCGACAUCUAUUAGUCUAAGGUAGUAAACUGCUAGAUACACUUAGAGAGAGAAACUGCCAUGCAAAUACGUAAAUAGUAAUAAGUAACUAAUUAUAAAUAUACAGGUUUUGUAAGAUUUUUUUGUGAUGUAUUUUGUACCCAUGUACCUAAUAUAAGUACAGAAUUUAGAGAAACAAUAGACAUUGGGAGGAAUCAGUUUAGACUUCAGGGCUUCCAUGAUGUACGAAAAUAAUAUUCAUUUGUCACUCGCAUCACGAAGCAUCCGGUAUUUCAAAGAUUCAAAAAUUUUAUUUCUCCUGUCUAAUAAAUAUUAAUAAAUUUUAAUACCGCGUAUAGUGUCCCAUAUUUGAUGGUUUAAAAAGCAUUGGAACCUUCACUUUAAGUACUUAUGUAGUUCUAGCUAAUAUACAGAACUAAGAAUAUUGUAGGGGUGUCGAAAGCCGUUCUGUAAGUGAUGAAUUUCAGCAAUAUUAGGAAACCAAGUAUGACGUACAAUUAGUACUAGCAUUUUGUAGGUAUUAGGUACUGCUACUUAGGAAUAACAAUAUGGAUAGAUUCUUAGAAUUGUUUAGAUGAAAUGACAAUGUCUUGUGUUUCAAGAACAAUUACGAUUAAAUAGUUUCUAAGAUUGUAUCAUUCUGUCCAGACGAAAUACGUAAUUUUAAUGUGAUGGAUCUUUGACAUAAGCUUAGAAAUACGUCCGUUUCUUUAUUUAGACUACGGAUUUGUCAGUUUAACUGUAGCGUUUACUCGGUUUACCCGUUAUUAUUGUAUUUGUUUCAUGUGCGAUCCCACUUUAGUUAAUCUAGUGGCCGCUAGAUGGCAACCUGGAAGAGUUUAAUCGUCUGCUAGAUGGCAUCGAUGAUGCUGGUUUCAGUUCUAAAUUACAGAUGGCGUUAUUUUCAUUGUGAUAUAUAUUUUAGUAAUACUUAGUUAUUUACAGCUCUAGUUAUUGUUUGAUCUAAUAAGAAAUUGUUUAAAAAUAUGCGACUUUCCAACAUUUCAGAACUUAGAUCUUUAUAAACAUGAUAGACUGAAAAUAUUGUAGU